AGAUCGUCAGUGUUUAAACAGACCACAUCAUGCGUGAGUACAAGCUAGUGGUCCUUGGUUCAGGAGGCGUGGGGAAGUCUGCUCUGACAGUUCAAUUUGUUCAGGGAAUUUUUGUUGAAAAGUAUGACCCAACGAUAGAAGAUUCCUACAGAAAGCAAGUUGAAGUAGAUUGCCAACAGUGUAUGCUCGAAAUCUUGGAUACCGCGGGAACAGAGCAAUUUACAGCAAUGAGGGAUUUAUAUAUGAAAAAUGGCCAAGGGUUUGCACUAGUAUAUUCUAUUACAGCUCAGUCCACAUUUAAUGACUUACAGGACCUGAGGGAACAGAUUUUACGGGUUAAGGACACAGAAGAUGUUCCAAUGAUUUUGGUUGGCAAUAAAUGUGAUCUGGAAGAUGAGCGAGUAGUUGGCAAAGAACAGGGUCAGAAUUUAGCAAGACAGUGGUGUAACUGUGCCUUUUUAGAAUCUUCUGCAAAGUUAAAGAUCAACGUCAAUGAGAUAUUUUAUGACCUGGUCAGACAGAUAAAUAGAAAAACACCAGUGGAAAAGAAGAAGCCUAAAAAGAAAUCAUGUCUGCUGCUCUAGACCCAAAGUAAGCAGCAGCUCUGAGCCAGAUUACAGGAAUGAAGAACUGUUGCCUAAUUGGAAAGUGCCAGCAUUCCAGACUUCAAAAACUAAAUCUGAAGAGGCUUCUCCUGUUUUAUAUAUUAUGUGAAGAAUUUAAAUCUUAUAUUGGUUUGCACAAGUUCCCUGGAGAAAAAAAAUUGCUCUGUGUAUAUCUCUCGGAAAAUAAGACAAUAGUAUUUCUCCUUUGCAAUAGCAGUUAUAACAGAUGUGAAAAUAAAUAUACUUGACUCUAAUAUGAUUAUACAAAAGAGCAUGGAUGCAUUUCAAAUGUUAGAUAUUGCUAUAUAAUCAGAUGAUUUCAUAUUGACCUUUUUAUCAUGAUUCCUCCCUGUCAAGCACUAAAAAGUUGAACCAUUAUACUUUAUAUCUGUAAUAAUAGACAUUAUGAAAUUUCCCCUCAAACUCAUUGCAGCAGAUAACUUUUUUGAGUCAUUGACUUCAUUUUAUAUUUAAAAAAUUAUGAAAUAUCAUUCUGUCAUGAUAUUCUAAUUAAAAUUGUUUGUGCAUAAUGCUUUGGAAAAAUGGGUCUUUUAUAGGAAAAAACUGGGAUAACUGAUUUCUAUGGCUUUCAAAGCUAAAAUAUAUAAUAUACUAAACCAACUCUAAUAUUGCUUCUUGUGUUUUACUGUCAGAUUAAAAUUACAGCUUUUAUGGAUGAUUAAAUUUUAGUACAUUUUCAUUUGGUUUGUGUGUUUUCUUAUUGUUUAUAGACCUUAUAGGCCUUUAUUUUAUAAUGAUCACAGCAUUUAGAUGCAGAAGUAACUCCUUUCUGACUGGUACUGCAGAACUCUUGGCUGUAAACCCUGUAAGUAGUGAUUUCUCAUAAGAACAGACUUUCCACUUUCUGUUCUAGAUAUAUUUAUUCCUACUACAGUAAAACCCAUCAGACUACAUAGAAUAGUUUUGUAUAUUCUCUUUAUCUAAAAGAUUGUAUCUUAUUGAAUAAAAUAGUCCACUGUGUAUUAUUUUUAUAUGUAAAAAGAUAAGUUUAAUACUGUAUCAGGGUUUAACUUUUACUAUUUCAAAUCUUCUACAGCUUGUAAUUUCAUCAAGGGGAUCCUUUGUCAUUGUUAAUUUGUUGGGUAUAAAUCCACCAAUGAAAUGUUAUGUAAUGUUUUUCAAAUUUGCUUUAUAAUAAGUUGAAUUUGAGAGGAAUGAGUGAAAGUGAAAAGACAUAUAAAGGAGGUGUCAGUUGCUCUUGCUUGACUCUAUAUGACAGAAUAGUAAUAGUAGGGAAAACUGCGACCUGAAAAUUUUAGCUGGCUGACUAGUGGUGCUUUCUCUGACUCUUUUUUUCCAUUUUUACAAAUGAUGGGGCUUACAUAGGACAUGGACCUAGGGUGAUAUUACUUACAUAUUUGCCAUACAGGUAGAGCAAAACAGCUUUUUGCUGGUUAUGUGCUAGAGAAUAAAAGAAAUAAGCUUAGGAAAACCUGUGCCUUGUCCCUGGAUUUUAAGGAGACCAGUCCUAGAAAGUCUAAAUCAUUGCUCAGGGAUCUAGAUAACUGUCUCAUUGCAACUAGGCGUGAAGUGUAGUGUUCAUGCCUCGCUGAGACUUUCCAGGAGUGCGGUCAGCCCAUCAGUUACUAAAUUAAAAAUUAGACUUUAAAUGUAAAUUGAUCAACCUGAGGAAAAAGCUAAAAUAUUGUUAAUAUUUGGAAAUUGUAUUCUUCUGUGUUUCUAAUAAACAUAGUUGUCUGAUACUUUCUGCUGAUCCAGCUAUACAUAUAUCUGGGAUUGAGGGGCCAAAAAUCUAAUAAAUGCAAUAAUUUUUUUAAAAAAUGAAGCAUUAGUGCCAGUCUGUGCAGGUCAGGGCAUCAUAUUUUAAAGGUCCUCUAAAGUCAUUCUGCUUUAAAAUGCACCUUUUAAACAUUUCUUUUAAAAUUAUAGACAUCUUACAAAUGAGUAAAGCUUUAUAAAUGUUAUCUGUUACAUAGAUUAUGUAGUUAUUUGCCAGACUAAGUAGAAAUCACUAAGAGUAGCUUCAAGGUACCUUCUGCUUGACUAGUUAGCAUAAAACCCUACGUCCCCUUACAUUAAAACAUGGUAGAAAAGAAUGCCAAGUACUAGAUUUCUUUGUCACCUCGUAUACAUCCACUUGGGAUAAAGGUGUUGAUAGAAUGUGAGGCAAAAUGUCUCCCUGUGGUAUGCAGGGGUAUGCGGAGCAGGCCCAGGUAAAAUCUGAGGUAAUAGUGGUAUCUUCAGGAAAUCUGUUGCUGAACAAGAUGGAAAAGGUAUCCUGUUAGGAAGUAAGAAAAGUGUGCAUUUAUAUUGGCUCUCUGUGAACUCCCUAAUCUUGGGUCCAGAGGGGAAGGUUCCUGAGAAUGAGAUAUAUUUUUAUAACGAGAAGUAAAACGUCCUCAAAAAUAAUGCAUGAAUCUCAUAAGUAUCUGGGUACUCACAUCAAAUUAGCAUUUGUGGCUAUUUAAAAAGCAAUGGCUCUGGAUAUAUGAGUAAUAUAUAAUUUAAAGAAGGCUUCAUAUCACAGUUGACAGUUUUCUUUUUUCCCUUAAAACACAAAUAACUUAAAUGGUUUAGUACUUGCGAACAAUCUAGUUGUAGAAAUUUAACUAACAAUAAAUAUUGACUGCAUCCUAAUUUUACUGUCCACUAGGGGGAGCUUCAGUAUCAGUUAGUUAUGGAGCACUAAAAUAUUCAAACCAUCUAUUUUAUAAACACUACAUACUUUCACAGAGAGGUAUAAAGGCCUUCCUUCAAGAAGUUGCAGUCUAAUUGGGUGGGGAAGUUACAUAAGAAAGUUAUCAAAGCUAUGAAUUUUACUGUAAUUUAUUGAAUGUGGCCGGAGUUAGUUGUUUGGAGACUGUUUGCAGAAAUAUGGAUGUUAAUAUUUUGCUCUCUCCCCCCUACACCUUGGAACUAAUCAUUUACUACCUUGAUCUGCUAUCAUAACUGGCCACCUUUUACUGUUGAAUAAGACAGUGUACUGUUUAGAGUGUACUUGGUGGGGGUGGGGGGUAAGUUAAACCUUGGGAAGAUACUGUUCUUUUUUUUAAUUACCAAUUUUAUUAAAAUAAGUUACUUAGUCUAUGGCUAUUCUCCACAUUCUGCAUUGUGUGGACUGCCUGAUUUAAAGUAAUUUGCCUGUAAGUACACAUACUUGUCCAUUUGUGUGUCUGAUUUUUGUUUUUCAGACUGAAGUACAUAAAAGAGAAAGAUCACCUUAAUAAUUUUCCUUUGUGAGCACUUACAGUAGAAACUUAGAAGACCUAAAAUACUCCUAAGUUUUAUGUAUAUAUACAAGUGUGUGUGUGUGUGUGUGUGUGCACUGGAACGAAAGUGUAAAGAAGUUGUCAAGAAUUGGAGGAAAAUAAUUUGUAAGAUAACCUUUUUUUUUAUUUGGGUUGUACUUACUUAAGGUGCUACUUAACGUGUGUUAAAACAGUCCCUCUUGACAGCUCCUGAUUUAAAAGGGAAAACUGUCUGGGUUCUUCACCAGCAUUUGGAAAGAACCCAUCUUGCAGUGAAAGAAAUGAAUAUGAACUUUGAAUAGUCUAACCACCCACCAUUUGGCAUUUCUGUUCCCCAAAAAUGUAAAAAAUGCAACUAAUUCUUGAAAAUACAGACAUUGCAUUGAUCAUGGGGUGUUGUUUUUUUUUCCCCCUUACUACAGUUUCUUUGGUUUGUUGAAUGUGCAGUCCAUCUUAAUGCCAUGUCUUGCUUCAAUAUUCUUGUUGAGAAUAGCUGGGGACUUUGAACUGGCUGCCUAGUUCUCUUCUGGAAAGGCAACAUGGAUCCUGUUUUGCAGGUGAUAACAAGCUUUGAAAGGGCAUUGGGGCUGCGAGUUAUUUGCUCUUACAAGCAGUGCCUGUCUCUGGAUCCACCGUGUGACAGACAUUUCCUGCUAAUUGCUUCUCUUAAGAAGCAUGAGCUUGACUGUUCCUCUUAAGGAAAAACUUAAUAAACCUUCCCGUUUGAAGCAGU